AUCGCCGCAAAGCCGCCCCUCUCGCAGCGCCCGCUGCCUCCUUCUCCUCUCUCCUCUCCACUGAUACAUACUCGACGACUAGCAAGACGCAGCUGGUCAGGGAAGAGAAGGAUGCUCGCCGGCUCCCUGAUGACCGUGUUGAUAUCCCUGACAACAGCAGCUGCUGCAUGUAUGGAUGGCGAUAGCGAGACCUGUCACACAAAGUAUGGGACUCGUUUCGGCCAUGAUCUGUUACCAAGCUUCAUGCUUGCGGAGGGCUACUUCAACCUCAACCACGGUUCUUUCGGGGCGACACCUCGUCCUGUAAUGGAGGCUCAAAGAAGAUAUCAAGAGCAGAUGGAAGCACGGCCCGAUCAAUGGUUCCGUGACGAUUACUUCAUGUGCGUCAACGAGGCGAGGGAGGCGAUCGCCAAGUACGUCAAGGCCCCGUCCACUGACGAUAUCGUCCUCGUUGAGAACGCGUCGGGAGGGGUUAAUGCGGUCCUGCGGUCGAUGGUGUGGAAGGAGGGAGACGUCGUGCUGUUCCUGUCCUCGGCCUACCCGAUGGUGAAGAACACAGCAGCAUGGCUGGGAGAGUCGAACCCGUCUGUCCAAGUCAAGGAGGUCCAGCUGGGGAGCGACUGGCCUGCUACAGGAGGACAGGCAGUUCUGAAACCACUGAGGGAGGCGCUGGCUGAGAACAAAGGCAAGACGAAGCUCGUCAUCGUCUCUCACAUCACUAGCGUCCCAGCCGUCAUCCUCCCUGUCGAGGACAUCGUGAGGAUGUGCAGACUGUCGGGUGUGGCUGGAGGAGACGUGCAGGUGCUGGUAGAUGGCGCGCAUGCCCUGGGGCAGGUCCCGAUCGACCUUGUCGGGCUGGGAGACCCUGACUACUACAUCUCCAACGGACACAAAUGGCUCUUCUCACCCAAGGGAUCGGAGCCCAACGUGAUCAGCUCGUCGGGCAAGAAGGACUUCGUGGGAAGGUUCUCUUACACAGGAUCGAGAGACUACACAGCAUUCUGUGCCAUCAAAGAAGCUUUCAAGUUCCGCCAUCACGUCGGGGAUGAGAAAAUCUAUGAGUACACGGCUGGACUUGCGCGAUGGGCAGCAAAAAUGCUGAGCAGGACGUGGGGAACUCGCGUGCUUGUGCCGCUGGAGUCUCAGGCUUUCAUGAUCAACGUCCAGCUCCCGACCAACAGCACAACGGUUGCGAUGCAGCUGCAGGAGAGGCUCAAGAUUGACUAUGAUACAUAUAUCGUACAACACUCGCUGCUAUGGCUCCCUUGA